UGCUCUGUCUUUCAGCACCAUUGCAGUGUGGAGAGAUCAUUCGAAGCUCGGAGACACAGGGAUCAUUGGGAGGAAAAGUACCCGACCUGAGAGUGACCGCCUUAAGCAAACAGCCCCUCUGCCUCCUUAUUAAUGUGUUACGGCGCCUUUACCAUUCUGCUGCCCAAGUGAGUAUUCAUUUACCCUCAAGGUGAGGAAAAAGCAGACAAUUUCUCAGGUAGACAGUCAGUCAGUCAGUGAAUGAGGGCUUUGCUGGUGACUUGGAACAUCAUCAGCACUGUAUUGGAUGUUAACCCGCAGCGAGCCAGGAGGCUUCCUCCGCGUCAGGUUGAGCCAGGACGGCUAACAGGAGACCGGAUGCUCCCGGGGGGUUGGAGCCCGGCUGCCGACAGUCUGCUUCAGUUAACCGAACCUCGGCCUGGUCACGACUGAUGAAAAGCGGGGAUGUCCAGCAGCUGCCGACAAGAAGAGGCAUGCUAACGGUAUGCGAGCCGAGCUAAGGCAGCUAACGCUGGGGUUCAGGCUCAGGUGACCUUCAGAGAGUGACAGAUGUGUGCCACUGAGAACAACCAUUUGCAUCUCCCUGUGGAGAUUUGAGUUCUGGGACGCUCGGCAGGCUUCCAGGAGGGGGGGUCUCCGAGAAAGAUGUUGGGUUCAGAGCGAGGAGUUGUGGAAGAAUGGCUCUCCGAAUUCAAGUCCUUACCAGAAACCCGCAUCCCCAGCUAUGCGGGCAGCCUGCAUCUAAAGAAGUCUCUGGUACCAGCGCUCUACAGAGUCAUCCAGGACCCCAACAACGAGCUCCUGGAACCCGUGUGUCACCAGCUCUUUGAGUUGUACCGGAGCUCUGAGGACCGCCUGCGACGUUUCACCCUGCAGUUCCUACCUGAACUUGUGUGGGUUUACCUGCGCGUCACUGCCAGUAGGGAUCGCCAGAGCAAUGGCUGCAUUGAGGCCCUCCUCUUGGGUAUCUAUAAUCUGGAAAUCGUCGACAAAGACGGCAACAGCAAGCUUCUUUCCUUCACAAUCCCAUCUCUGUCCAAACCAUCAGUAUAUCAUGAGCCUUCUAGUCUGGGGUCCAUGGCUCUAACUGAGGGAGCGCUCUGUCAGCAUGACCUGAUCAGAGUGGUUUACAGCGGCCUGCACCCUCAGAGAGAAACCUUCACAGCACAGAACAGGUUUGAGGUGUUGUGUUUCCUUAUGCUCUGCUACAAUGCUGCUGUGGUCUACAUGCCCCUUUCCUCCUACCAGUCUGUCUGCCGGAUGAGCUCAAGGGUGUGUGUGUGCGGCUUCCCUCGUCAGCAACAGAAGCUCUGGAGAGAACCCUGCAACCGGGUCCUGCUGGACCCAGAGUUCAUGGUGCAGAUGCUCACUGCCGUUUACCACGCUAUAUACAAUGGAGAGUGGGAGAUGGGCCAAGAAGCUCUGGAGGACAUCGUAUACAGAGCCCAGCUAGAGCUCUAUUCCCAGCCUCUCCUGCUGGGGAACGCCAUGAAGAACUCGCUGCCAGAAAGCGCUCCAGAAACACAGCGGGGACGCAAGGUGCUUCAGGUAGAGGUGACGCCAACCAUCAGCCGUAUAUCCAUCUCAGCAAUCACCACAGCUUCCAUACGGCGCCACCGCUGGAAGAGAGAGGAUUGUUUUGACUACUCAACCGAUGCAGAGUUGAGCCUCGCCAUCAGUCCUCCUAGCCUCGUCCAGCACCACCUCCACGACCCUCCCAGGGAAACUGCAGCUAAAGAGGAUAGAGGAGGGCGGCAUCACAGCCACCACAACGGCGGCAGCAGCAUCAUCCCCCCCAUCACACUCGAGGAUGCUGACGGCAUGAGCGGAGGCGAGGAUUCCUUCAACAUCAACGAUCCGGACGAAGGUUUCUCCUCUGGAGCUUCCAACAGCAGCCAGCCCAGCGGCACAAAGACCGGUGGCAGCUUGGGGCAGAGGGGCAGCCUGAACAGCAGCAGCAGCAGCUUCAAGAAAGCCAUCACAGCUCGGCUGUCCAGGGACAAGGAGAAGGAUCGGGAGAAGGAAAGGGAGAGAGACCGGGAGGUGGAGAAACAGGUGGAACUGUGUGCGGAUCAGCAGGCCGCAGGGACGAAGCCUCGCCAGAGGCAGCAGUCCCCCCCAGGAAGCAUCAAGCUGGACGCUAUCCACCUGAGCCCCAUAAAGAAACACCUGAGCUUCCCUGCAGGGCACCCGCUGGUGCGGACUGGAAGCACCUCCUCCAGCAAAUCCUUUGACUGCAUGAACCUGAACUUGAACGGAGGCGAGGACGAGAGAGAGGAGGCAGCAGGAGGCUCUGACAAGGAGACAGGGCCCUUACUGGGGGGUUCCCUCCGCCAUUCCACCGUCAGCCUGCAGGAGGAGCACCUCAACAGGCCGGAGGAGUCCCAGGCCCUCCUGUCUCCUGGAGCUCCUCUCACCAAGCAGUCACGCUCGCCCAGCUUCAACAUGCAGAUCAUAUCGCAGGUCUAGAGACAUGUUUAGUCACAACCCAAAUCAGACAGCACUCUGGUCAGUUUCUGUUAAGGCAGAGGGUAAACAAAGAUCUCCAGAUCUCUGGAGCUUUGUUUCUCCUCUUCCAACAUCAAGAAAGUUGGUUAGUUUCUGAGAAAACAUGGAAAGAUGUUGACGACUUUUCAAUCACUGUAACUUCACUCCCUCCAGACAAGCUGAGCAUUCCACAUACAAGCUAUCCCCAACUGGGAGGUAAUAAAAAGAAAAAAUAUUGCAGAUGUAAAGCCUCAUAAUGUUUCAGAUUAUUUGAGUUCCUGACUGAAUCAGUCAAUCAGCAAUAACACGUCGCUCAUGGGUAGAAAAGAGGGAAUCUUUCCCCCUUCUCGUCGCCCUUUCAUUCCGGGGCUCUUGUGCAAUCAUUCUUGCUGAUUUCAAUCAUAAAUGGAUUUAAUGAAUCUCAUUUCUGUUCAUUUUUUAAAUCAGUUUAAACAAACACAUUUUUAAGAUUGUUCUUGAACCAAACUGGAAUGUGGUUUUAAAAGUUGUCUUGAACUUUUAACUGGAAAAAUCGGAAGAAAUCAUUCCUGUGCAGCUACGCAAGCAGAGACUGUAGUCUUGUGACUUCAUUUUACUUUUGAUCUGAAUCCUGCAGGUUUUGUGUGCGACACUAAAGACAGCGACUGUAUCUUUUCAGUUGGUUUUUACGGUUUCAUCUGAAAGGGGCCGCUUUCCUUUCUAAGAGUUGUGGCUCAUAUUCCGGUUAUUUGCUGCCCCCUGGAGGCUUGUAGCAGUCACUGCGUUGCAUCGUCACAAGCAUUAUCUUUUUUUUUGUUCUACCUCAUUGUGUGCUGAAAUACACGUCUGCCAGUCAGAUGGAGGAUUUUUUUCCAAUGGUUUCUCAUUUCAACUAAAUGUUUGUAAUCAUGAGGAUUUUUGACUGAAUAUCUUUCUGUUCCAAGUUCAGCUGCAAUAUAGGCCAGUUAUUUCAGGUGUUUCCUUUGAUUAUUUUAUUGUAAUUCCUCUUUUUUUCUUUCUCUCUUUUUUAUUUUAAGUGCAAUUGUUUUUUCUUUUCUUUUUUGGAUCCUUGUGCAUGGAGUUCUUCUCUGCUGUAAAAUGCCUGCAUCUGCGCACAGUGCUUCUCUAGCCUUGUGUAGUGCUUCCUGUCCAAGCGGAGUGAUUUCUAUUGCUUUUUCUUAACCUGCCGUCUUGUCUCUGCAUGUGUAUUGCCCUGCAAAGCGCCGCUGUUUCAGAUGCAUGAAGCAGGCCCGGCGAGCCAAACCCCAAUCUUGUCCUCUUCUUAGCCAGAUGUGCCAUUACGCACCCUUCCCUGUGGGAUAUAUAUAUAUAUAAAUAUAUAUAUAUAUAUAUAUAUAUAUAUAUAUAUAUAUAUAUAUAUAUAUAUAUAUAUAUAUAUAUAUAUAUAUGGUGUCUUAUGUAAAAUGCCUGAUUGUUUUCUGUUUACUGGUCUUAUUUUAAAGUUUGGGUUCAGAGAGUUGACUCGGCGUGCCCCUAGAUGCAGCUUCACCUUUAUCCUUUUAGUUUUUUUAUUGUUAUAUUUAGAAUAUCAGACAUUUGUCUGUGUCUGUCAUUACCAAUAUGGCUUUGCAAAGGUGUUUUUCGUCCUUGAGCUUUUUUUUCCCAUGUUUUGUAUCAUUACAGACUCAUUGAUCUGUGUAUAAAGGUGAAAUGGAAGCAAAACCAAACUGUUUUCAAAAAUCCUUACGGUAAAAUUUCUUAAAUUAGUAUGAAUCUGAAUUUAGUCCCUGCCUUAGUUGGUACUUUUUUAAUCUUGUACCAUCUUGAUGCUGUUAACUGUUGCAAAUAUGAAGAUCUAUGUGCAUAGAAGCUACAUGCAUCUAAAGACUGGAAGUUUUUCGAUCUUGAUCGGGUAGAACAGAGAGCGUCUGUUAAGAGAUGUUUUUAUAUCAUGUGCCCCCAUCCCCCAUUCUAACAGAUCUUCAGCUGAAGGUAAUAAUUUCCAUAGCAUGACACUGCCACCACCAUGUCUCACUUUCAGGGUCAUGUAGCCUCACACAUUGGUUUGCACAUCAGAGCACUACCUAUCACAAGCUGGAAAUAGGACUUUAUAGGUCUAACUAUGUGAAAUUAAUCACUAAAAGGUGCUGACAGAUUCCCACACCUGAGCUGUGAAUCUCUGCAGAUCCGUUGUGGGAGCUUCUUGUGACAAAUGUUAAACGACCUGAAGCCUUCACUGGCCAGCUUUAUCCAGGUUGAUAUUAAAUUAAAUAGAUUAGGCACAAAUGAGCUGACAGAGUCUGAAAAACCUGUUUGGUUUUCCUUUCACUUCAUGACUACUGCUCUACCUUUUGUUGAUCUGUCACCUGAAAUCUUUCUAAUGAUUAAAGUUUGUGGUUUUUUAAAAGCGAAAAAGCUCAAGGAGUGCGACGGUUCUGCAAGGAGGUGUAUAUCUGCUGUGUUGCGUCUCUGCAAGCUGCCGCUCAGCUCCAGACAGGUUAUUGUAUAUAAAUCUCUCACAUGGACGCUCCUGGUGUGCUUGAAGCCCUCACAGCUGCUCUUCCUCUGUGUGCGCCGUUCCCCCACAGAGCGCAUUCAGCUCUGGACUGUUCUUAUGGAAGAACAGGACACUGUGCUUUUCUCCUGCGUCGAUAAGUUGUACCCCCUCGUGGCGUGUGACCCUCCCCACAUUCCCAUUUCUUGCUGUAUUUUCGCCGUGCGUCCAGUGGCACCUUUAUGCUGUUUUUAAAAAACCGGUGAUGUGUUCUCGUCUUUCAAGGAGUGCCGAGGUUUACCCACAGUCAUGUCGGGGCUGUGUGUUGACUUAGAGUAACAAAUAUCCCUCAGUGUGUGGUGUUAUUUGCAUGUGAUCAGGGAGGGAAAUGAACACCAGCUCAGGACUGUCAAUAAAAUCCAUAAGCUUCAAUAAGUCCAGGUGCAUCUCCAAUAAAAACCUCCUUUCUGUGUUAAAAAAGACUAUUUAGUUUAUUGACCAGUCGCUAUUGCUGGAUGACAAAGUUCAUUUUCCUCCCUGCAUGUGGUAACUGUGGGCUUUGUGUUCAUACAGUUAAAUGCACUUUAACCCAUCCACCUCUCUGAAGAUAGUUAUUGAGAUGAAAUAUAUAGAUGUGCAAAACGUGUAUACACUCAGUGCAGGGUUGUAGUCUCUUUAAAGUAGUAGUUUUAUGGGAUUCCUCAUCGAGCGAAAGGCUAUUUUGGUUUAAGUCUAAGAGUACAGUUAUUUAUUAUAUAUUUUUUUGUUUCAAAACCAAAAAAAGUUAAAAAUAAAAGUUGGUGGGUUUGGAAGGUCUCAGGAGUCUCUAGAAGAAAAAACAAAAAGCCACAAUUAAAAAAAUAAAAAGCAGCACCAAAAUUUCUGUUCUUGACGUCAGAAUUUAUUCUAUGCAACAUUUUCCCCCUUUUCCUCAGUUAUCCGUUAUUUUUAUUUAUUUAAAUUUUUUUUUGGUGUGUUGGCUCUCCCUGAUCUGUAUCAUGUAAGCAAAGAAGCUAUGGAGGACCAUCCCUGCAGAGAGAAAGGCGCAGCCGGACGGCUGCUGGCGUGUCGGGCCUUUCAGUCUGCCUGCUGCUCUGGUCAGCGUGUAAAACGAUUGGUUGUAACGGAUCGUGAACAGACGCUUCGGUGAAAGCUGCUGAAACACUGUAGUAAUUAUGAUGUAGAAAUUGAGAGAAAAAUGAUAAGACUUAUUUUGAAAAAAAAUCUUGUAAAUACAAAAAAUGUAUAAAGGUGAAAGCAAGAUAAAUAUAAAGAUAAGUCAUAUAGACUGAGAUGAACCUGUAUAUUGUUGAAUAAAUAUUGUGCUGUAAAA